AUGUCAGAAUGCCUAAACUAUUUCAAGAAAACUCUAUGUUCAAUUAACCCAAACAAACUGUUUUGUAUUCCAAGCUGGAUUCCGAAGUUAUCCGAUCCUAUCGUAAACUUUGACCUUCAAUCCCCAACAUAUCGCCAAGUUACAAACAUUAUUCGCAGAAUGAAAGCUUCUGGAUCGCCUUGUCCUUUAGAUCAACUUUCAAUAAUUUGCUUCAAACGUUGUCCAUUUUUGCGCACUUAUCUAACCGAAGUGAUACGUAGCGUCUGGUCUUCGAAAUCUGUACCAGCUGAAUGGAAAAAAGCGUGUUCUAUUCUUAUCCACAAAAAAGGCAAUACAAGUGACCCCUCCAAUUUCCGCCCAAUUACUCUAGAACCUAUACCACUAAAAGUGUUUACCUCUUGUCUCCGCAAUGCUAUGUUCUCGUUCCUAACUGCUAAUAACGUUAUUGAACAUCAGAUUCAAAAAGGUUUCACUCCCAAUCUGUCUGGCACUCUGGAACACACUGCUCAAAUGACAAAUAUUAUCAACCAAGCGAGAAUAAAGCAGCGCUCUGUUGUCAUCACCCUUCUCGAUCUCAAGAAUGCUUUUGGUGAAGUGCAUCAUAAUCUAAUUCAAUCUGUCCUCGACUAUCAUCACAUUCCCAAAGACGUUAGUGAAAUAAUAAAGAGCUUGUAUACGGACUUCAAUACUGCAUUUAUAACAUCAGAAUUCUCUACCCCAUUUAUAACUGUCGGUCGUGGAGUUCUUCAAGGAGACUGUCUUAGUCCUCUAAUUUUUAAUAUGUGCAUCAAUACCUUUAUUCAACAUAUAAAAACUGACAAAUACCGGCAAUUUGGUUUCAUUACAAAUCUUUUAAACCCAGUCCAUUGGUUCCAGUUCGCUGAUGAUCUUUUAAAUCGAUUCUCGAUCUGGUGCCAGUGGUCUAACAUGAUUGUCAGGGUUGAUAAGUGUUCAACAUUUGGGAUCAGGAAAAGUCCGACAAAAUCUAUCCAAUAUUUACCUAAACUUCUGAUUAACAAUGAAUUGAUACCUGCCACUAAAACCGGAGAGUCGUUUCGAUACUUGGGGAAAUAUUUUGACUUCAGUAUGUCCGAAAAAGAACACAAACAAGAGCUAAUCACUCUCAUGGACGACAUUAUGUCUGAAAUUGAUCUCAAACCUUUGCACCCGAAAAAUAAACUUUUGCUUUAUAGUCGUUACCUCCUAUCCAAACUUUCCUGGCAUUUCACUGUAACCACCAUAUCAAGAACCUGGGUCUCUGAAAAUAUGGAUUCUGUGGUGAACAAGUGCGUACGUAAAUGGCUUGAAAUACCUAUAUCAGGAACUCUAUCUAACGUCUACCUUACCAGCAACAAGUUUGGUCUAAAUAUCUACCCGCCGUCAAUUAAGUUUGCUCAGUGCCAAACAGUUGCCCGUAACGCCUUAAAGACCUCUCCAAAUCAUUCCAUAAAAAACCUCUGGAAAACAACAUCUGAAAGCAAAAACAUUCAGUACGACGUUUACACCUCGACAAAGGAAGUCCUUAAAACUUUUAACUCCGGACAAGAAGACAAACUGCAGAAUCAUCUGAUUUUGCAAGGCUCCUUCUUCUCAAAUGUCAUUAAGUUUUCACUGUCGAAAUUAAACGGCAUAUGGUCUAAAUCCCAAUCAAACCUCCCAAAGAAUAUCUAUAACUUCACCAUUCGUUACAUCAAUAACUCACUUCCAACCCGUAAAAACCUUACUAAAUGGGGAAUAUUGUCCAACUCUGAUUGCUCCUUCUGCUUAAACCCUGAAACCCUUUUACACGUAGUUGCUGGAUGUCAAACGUACCUCCCACGAUUUACAUGGAGACAUGAUUCUGUUCUGAACUUCAUAGCACAAACGCUACAACCUGUAAACAACUCCAAUCUUUUCGUCGAUCUUCCUGGUUAUAAAAGCCCAUCAAUUGUAACUGGUGACACAUUCCGCCCAGACCUACUUCUAUCUAUCAACUCGGAUUGUCUCUAUAUCCUUGAACUUUCUGUUGGUUAUGAGUCUGAUCUACAAACAAAUGUUGAUCGGAAAAGAAGAAGAUACGAAGAUCUCAUUACACAGCAAAAGAAACAAUUUAAGUCCGUAAAAUUUGUAAAUUUGUCAAUUAGUUCUUUAGGCGUCUUCCCAAAAGAAUGUCAUUCCUUUUUAGAUAUGUUAAAUGAUCUAGGUCUUGAUAAAAGACACCAACAUUUUGCUAUCACGAAAAUUAUGUCUAUCGCGAUUAUUAUUAUUAAUGGUUUAAGAUACACACCUUCGCAAUAG